GUGAACGUUUCACGAGUCAACAGCAACGUCUUUCGAGAAGUUGUAGGCGCUGUUUGCGACAUUUUCUUUCUUUUAUUGGUCAUCCAAUGUUUUAUGUGAUGAAAUAACACGUCGAAUACGAGUAUUUUCAAUAUUAGUGUUCAUAGUCGUAAUUAAGGAAACGCUAGAUUACGAUAUAAGCUAAUAUGGGCGACGAAAGCCACCCGAAAACUCUCUACGUCGGUAAUUUGGACGCGAGUGUCACAGAAGAUUUUCUAUGCGCAUUGUUCGGACAAAUAGGCGAAGUAAAAGGGUGUAAGAUAAUUCGCGAGCCCGGUAACGAUCCGUAUGCCUUCCUCGAGUUUACAAAUCACACGGCGGCGGCUACGGCCCUGGCCGCCAUGAACAAGCGAGUGUUCCUCGACAAGGAAAUGAAGGUUAACUGGGCUACGAGUCCGGGAAAUCAGCCGAAGACGGACACGAGCAACCAUCACCAUAUAUUUGUCGGCGACCUGUCGCCGGAGAUUGAAACACACAUACUUCGCGAAGCUUUCGCUCCGUUUGGUGAGAUUUCGAACUGUCGGAUAGUCCGCGACCCACAAACGCUCAAAUCUAAGGGGUAUGCUUUCGUGUCGUUCGUGAAGAAGGCAGAUGCGGAGGCAGCCAUCCAGGCAAUGAACGGGCAGUGGCUGGGCUCACGGUCCAUACGGACGAACUGGUCGACACGCAAGCCGCCGGCCAACAGGCCAAACGAGGGUGCGCCGAGCAGCAAGCGAGCCAAACAGCCAACAUUCGAUGAGGUGUACAACCAGAGUUCGCCUACAAACACUACUGUUUAUUGCGGAGGAUUCACAAGCAAUGUAAUAACUGAGGAGCUAAUGCAGAACACAUUCUCACAGUUUGGUCAGAUACAGGACAUCAGAGUGUUCAGGGAUAAAGGCUAUGCAUUCAUUAGGUUCACAACUAAGGAGGCAGCGGCCCAUGCUAUUGAAGCCAUACACAAUACAGAAAUUAGCGGACACACAGUAAAAUGUUUCUGGGGGAAAGAGAAUGGGGGAGGAGGUGACAAUCAGAGCACGAACAACACUGCAACGCCAACAGCGCCCGCAGCUAUGGGGGCACAGACGCAGUAUCCAUAUCCGUACCAGCAAGGCAUGGGCUAUUGGUAUGCUCAGGGCUACCCGGCGAUACAGGGCUACAUGGCUCCGGGCUACUACCAGCAGUACGCUGCCGCUUAUAGCAACCCGCAAGCUGCAGCUGCAGCGGGCUACCGCAUGAGCGUGCCGGGCGGCGCGGGCGCGGCGGCGUGGGGCGGCGGCGCGCCGCAGCCGCUCAUGUACUCGGCCGCCGCCAUGCCCUCCGCGCAGUACCCCUCGCAGUAACGCCGCACGCGCACGCCCGAGCAUGAGUUGACGCACACCAGUCAGGUCGCUACCACUACGGGGGCUAACUUAUCGACGCAUCGACUACAUCUGACCGCUUAGCACAUCCCCGCUUUAGUUAACCCCUCGUCUAUCGAGAAGCAAUAGAUAUUCUGACAUUCUAGCAGUUCUGAGUUACUAACUAUAUUCGACCGCAAUGCAUCGCACUUCCCAAUGCUUUCUAGCCUUUUCUAUCAUUCAGGACCGUCAUUUGUCACAGCGAGACAAACAGCGGAAGUCCGACUCCGACCGCCUUGCCGAUUCUGAGUGACAGAAAAGCAUAGAAGCGUAGGAAAAUGCGAUGCAGAGCGGCCAAAUAAAGUUAACCCUUAACUAUUGGAAUGUCGGAAUCUAUUGCUUUGCGAUAGAUAAAGGGUUAAACAAAACGGAGAAAUGUGUUUGAAAUGAUCACUUAGACUUUCGUUAUUUAUACAUCACGUGUCAUUAACGAAAUUUUAUUGAUUAGAUAAAACACACUUUUUCGCAUGUCUAAAUUCAAUAUCUCUCGUAAUUUCAAUCCUAGCCUUUGUAAUUGAGUAGUUCAAAAAUAAAUUUAAAAUGUUACUUACAAAAUUGCUACUAGUCUAAAACUGAUAAAAACAUUUUCUUUUAUCAAUUUUAAUUAUGAAAAACAACAAUAAGUUCGAUAUUUUAUCACAUUUGUCUAUGACGUCACAGUGAAAUUUUCAUACAAAUUCCAUAGUAAUUUAUAGUUUUUACGUUUAGUAUGAAACACGUAAUACCUUGUUCUUACCGCGUUAAAAUCAGGGAUAUGAAAUAUGUUUUGAUUAUCUCAAAAAAUGUUUAGUAUAAAGUAACUGAUUUGACUAAUUAGAAACUAAACUACAGAAUUAGCUGUAAUAUCAACCACUUCCGAGGAGCUGUAAUUUUCAGCAAAUCACAAUUGAAGGUAUUGGGAUUACGAUGUAUGUUGGGAGUUAGACAAUCACCAGCUUAUCACAAAAGGAAGACUAAAGGUAAUACCAGGUUUAAAGUAUAGAUCGCGCCACGAAAGAAGUCCACGGAUUCUAACGGAACUAAGUCAUAAUAAUUCUAUGUAGAAUCUGUGAUACUAUCGCCGCGACCGCGGAACUUUCGUGGCGCGAACUGUACUUAUAACCCGAUAUUAUCUUUUCUUUUUUUCUAUCUUUUUAAUUCUUUGUUCUUUUCUUUAGUCUUUCUUUUUUGUAAUAUAGCGGUCAGUCUCUAUGGUCCUAGAAUCGGCUUAAAAACAAUUAUCAGUGUCAUGAGAAUGUAAGCUAAGUGUAGGUUGGUCUGAUUGAAGGCGAUUUCGCGUCGAUAAGUUUGAGUUCACCAUUAUAACAACUAAAUGAAGACAAGAAACCUGUCUAUUUCAUGGAUAGUCUCAAUUUGAUAAUUCCACUUUCUAAUCGAUCGGAAAACUGCUGAGAUUGUUGAUACGUCCAUAGGUUGUUUUUUGCUUUCAUUUAGUUGUUGAAAGUGUUCCCUCGUGUGUUAGCUCGCGGACACCCUAACCACUAGGUGUCUCGUCCUGGUAACAGAUUUCAACCACCAAACCCUUGUAAUAUAGGUCCUGGUCACAAACCAUAUAAACAGUGCCUUGAAGUUAAUGUUGUAUCAGAUUUAACGCUGUUAAUACAGUCUAGGUCUAAUUAUAAUAGCAAUAAUACUUAUAGUUGCCUGCUAUUUCAUGUUUUACUGGCUUUAGUUGGAAGUAUAAAUGUCGCUAUAUAUUUAAGCCAAUAUAUAUCGUAUAAAAAGUAUAACAAGUCAUCCGUCAGCACUGGGCUUUAGAUAGUUGUUGGUCUAUAAGCCUAAUCAAAAUCAUGUAUGUAUAAUAUACUCAUUCCAUAAGCGUA